CACCCCUGUAAAGACUAUGGUGUUUUUCUGUAUCAGCUUGACUGAGCUAAAACAAAUGUCACUGCCCUAGACAAGUGUGCACCUGAAAGAUACAUUGGCUGUAAAUUUCUAUGUAAAAACUACCAACCUCUAAAUCUUUGUAUAAAUCCCCAUUGUGAAAUAUUAUUUAAAAGCACCGAGGCAGAAUAUAUAUGCUGAAUAAAUUGGGGGUAGUGGUGCACAAGAAGAAAGUGAAUGAGUUCAUAUUCAAAGAAACAAAAGUGUCUUGAGUGAUGAUCCCCUUCAAGGAUUUUCAGAAGCCCGAGGACAGGUCUAAACCUCAAAAGUGAGCGCUGCGGCAUUUCGAUGUAGCCACACAAACCUGGAGAAACAAACUUCUUGGGCUCUGUUUCGUCCUCUGUACAUGGGUGAGCGGAAGGUUGCAGAGUUGCCUUCCAGGCACAAAUUAUUAUUUUUCGUUUGGGAGCAAUAUAGCAAUAAGUGAAGAUGAAGAACCAUCUUCUCCCAACAUCUUCAGUGCUAGAUAAUUGUGUUUUGUGGCCUAGGCAUUAUCCAUGCCACCUCUCACUCGAUUGCAUUGCUGUUUUCAGCAGAGGACAGCCCUAGACUGUAGAUUCUAGCAAAGGUGCUCUGAACAUCGGGCCACCGUUCAGGCCAUCAAUUUUUCUCUUUUAUUUCUUUCAGUGUACAGGGGAAGAUUAUAGACCUGGUAAUUAGCCAAGCCUGAGCUUGAAAUACAGUAAUUACUAAGCCAGUGGACUGCAAUAGUAACUCUUUCCUUAUCUGCCAAAAUAGGGCUAUUUCCUUGAAAAAUGAGAGUAUUAUUCAGCAUCCAGAUCAAUAUAUUUGAGUUUUUUUUCCUUCUUCUUUCUAUUUUAUAAGCCAUCGGGGCCUAACUAGAAAAGAAAAUAUAUUUGAAUAUUUUUGGAGUCCAAAGCUAUAGAAAUCACUGUGGCUUCCCAUAAAACUGUCAAACAAAUGGGAUGAAGCGAAGUCUCAUAUCAAUAGUAAGACGCAGCCUGCCACCGUGCCAGCGUGUGAAUUCUGGAGGGGGUUUUAGGCAAGAGAUAGUAAACCAACAUUCACCUCCAGGAUUACCUCGGCAGAACAUUAUAACCUGUCUUUCUCUGCAUGUGUGUGCAAGACUUCCUGAACGUUAAGGGAAAUUCAAGCCGCUUCUCGGUGUUGUGUAUUUGGAAACCUUAAUAUGAAGGCAGCCAGGGUCUCUUUUCAAGCCAAGAGGCCUGUCUCUAGCCCUCAAGAAGGUUAGUCAGUGUUGGGGCCCCCAGAAAGCCGGUGCCCAGUGCCAGCCAGCCUAGCUUCCUCCCCCACUUUUUUCUUUUUUCCUUUUCAUCAGAGCUCCUGCACCCACCCCAUCUGUCUGCUUCUUCUUUUCCAUCUUCGCUUUCUCUCAUAAGUGGUCAAAAUGGGAAACAAAAGUAUCUAUUUGUUGCUUGGUGCUCAAAAAGGCUUUUUUUAAAAAAUAUUUAUUUCCUAAUUUAUUUUUUUAUUAAAGGGUUUACAAACAAAAAUCUCUAACAAGGUUCUUCGCCGGCUCAUGCGCUGACCCCCCAAAUCUUCUUGAAAAGCAAACCUCCCCCACCGGCUUGUCAUUUGCUACGGUGCUGGGGGAGAAGGGGGGGUCUGCGGCAGGGCGAGCCGGGGCUGGGAAUUGGCAUCGUGUGGCGCGGCGGGGCUGCCUAGCAGGGGAAGCCCGUCCCAGAGCGCGCGGGGAGCUGGCGGCGGCCGGAGGCGGCGGCUGGGACGCGGCGCGGCUGCCGCAGGGGAGCGGCGGCGGCGGGCGCGAGGGGCGGGGCGCACUCCGCAACUUCGGCCGCGGUCGCCGGGCGGGCGCUCUCGGCCCUGGCGCGCGCCGCUGCGGGGCUGCGGUGCGGUCAGCCUGGCCCGGGCCGGUUCACCAACCCCGCGCCUCCUGCGCGCCCGUCGGGGACCGCUGGCGCCUCCCGCGGGGAGUCCUCGCCCACGCGUCACCCGCAGCGGCUGGGGGGACCCUGGGACGUGCGGGGUCGCCAGGCCGAGCCGGGCGCCCCCCAGUGGCCAGCGCAGGCCCCCAUGGCUGGGCCGCGCAGAGCCGAGCGGGCAAGGUGAAUCCAGCCCCGGGGCCGGCAGCCGGAGCGCUUGGCUGGGGUGCCGGCUCCAUGGGCAGCGGCGCUCGGCACGAUGAUGGACGUUAACAGCAGCGGCCGCCCCGACCUCUACGGCCACCUCCGCUCGCUCAUCCUGCCGGAGGUGGGACGCAGGCUGCAGGACCUCAGCCCCGACGGUGGCGCCCACUCAGUGGUGAGCUCCUGGAUGCCGCACCUGCUGAGUGGCAUCCCGGAGGUGACAGCUAGCCCUGCGCCCACCUGGGACGCGCCCCCGGACAAUGUCUCCGGCUGCGGGGAGCAGAUCAACUAUGGCAGAGUCGAGAAAGUUGUGAUCGGCUCCAUCCUGACGCUCAUCACGCUGCUGACGAUCGCGGGCAACUGCCUGGUGGUGAUCUCGGUGUGCUUCGUCAAGAAGCUCCGCCAGCCCUCCAACUACCUGAUUGUGUCUCUGGCGCUGGCUGACCUCUCGGUGGCCGUGGCGGUCAUGCCUUUCGUUAGCGUCACCGACCUCAUCGGGGGCAAGUGGAUCUUUGGCCACUUCUUCUGCAACGUCUUCAUCGCCAUGGACGUCAUGUGCUGCACGGCCUCGAUCAUGACCCUGUGCGUGAUCAGCAUCGACAGGUACCUCGGGAUCACGAGACCCCUCACAUACCCCGUGAGGCAGAACGGGAGGUGCAUGGCCAAAAUGAUUCUGUCGGUCUGGCUUCUCUCGGCCUCCAUCACCUUACCUCCGCUCUUCGGAUGGGCUCAGAAUGUGAACGAUGACAAAGUGUGCUUGAUUAGCCAGGAUUUUGGCUACACGAUCUACUCCACCGCCGUGGCGUUUUAUAUCCCCAUGUCGGUCAUGCUGAUCAUGUACUAUCAGAUUUACAAGGCUGCCAGGAAGAGCGCGGCCAAACACAAGUUCCCAGGCUUCCCGCGCGUGCAACCGGAGAGCGUCAUCUCCUUGAAUGGUGUGGUGAAGCUCCAGAAGGAGGUGGAAGAGUGUGCAAAUCUUUCGAGACUGCUCAAACACGAAAGGAAAAACAUCUCCAUCUUCAAGAGGGAACAGAAAGCGGCCACCACCUUGGGGAUCAUCGUGGGAGCCUUCACAGUGUGCUGGCUGCCGUUUUUCCUCUUGUCCACAGCAAGGCCCUUUAUCUGUGGCACCGCCUGCAGCUGCAUUCCACUGUGGGUGGAGAGGACAUGUCUGUGGCUGGGCUAUGCAAACUCUCUCAUUAACCCUUUUAUAUAUGCCUUCUUCAACCGGGACCUGAGGACCACCUACCGCAGCCUCCUCCAGUGCCAAUACCGGAAUAUCAAUCGGAAGCUCUCUGCGGCAGGCAUGCACGAGGCCCUGAAACUUGCCGAGAGGCCCGGGAGAGUCGAGUUUGUGCUCAUAACCAGCGUCCCAGGAGCCCAGCAGGCACUCAAGGACUUUCCUUGGGGUAACGGAGUGAAUGCAGGGAAAAAAAGUCCUGAAUACUGUUGCACUGACAAAACUCUGAGCACUGUAAAAAAAAAGGUCACGAUACAUGAUCCAGAGUGGAUUACUGGAGGCGAAUAGUGCAAAGCAGGCGGAAACUACGAAAUCUUUGGCUGAGACUGCAAAACGGAACGUGGCUUCUGUCUUCUUGGCAUGGCUGGAAUGUAACCGGGGGGAGGGUGAUCUGUUGUACAAAGUGUAUUUUGGGGGGAGGGAGACGGCGACCUCUCCCUUUCUUUUCCCUGUGGAUCAGUGAUAUUGUGUUUCAAUGAAAAUAGCUGUCGAUGUCAGACAGCCAUCUCAUCAGUAAGCACACUAACGGAGCUGGGUUCUGGGAGGGAAGCAGUUUCUGGUGCUUUCCACAAGUCCACAUCCAUGUGAGUGGGGGGGGGGGGGAUCCUAACGCACAACUCCCAUGCUUCCAGGCUAGGCUUCAUGGUAGCUCUCCAGGAAUCACCCAUGAGACAGAGUACAUACACUCCGUGGUCGGAUGGAAGGGGUCUGUCCAAGCAAACUGCAGUGAGUGUAGUGUUGAAUGUGAUGCAUGUCCUUGUUAGAAAACAGAAACCCGUCAUCAGCUGAUACAAACGAUUCCCCAGGGCAGUGUCUGUCCGAAGCUUUUGUCAAAUACUUUGGCUUUUCUGCAGGGUCCUUGUGACUUCCCACAAGUGUACGUCUGCUGUUAAACCCCUUCUCAUUGUGGUGUAACUCAGGAACAGAUCUCAGGACGGAGAGAGGCAGAAAACCCGAAUAAAGCUUUUCCUUGCCCUCGCACUCCUGAAGGCUCUGAGAGAGGACGGUAACUGGAGAAGAGUGAGUGCCACCUGACUGCAUUGUAUAUUAACACGAUUACUCGGCAUGUCGUUUUCUCUCAUCUUCUAUGAGGGUGCAAGGAGCCCACAGGCUGCUCUAUAACUGUGUCGUGAGGAAGGAGUGUGGCGAUGGAAUAUCCAUGAAUGGUUGCGGUGCUUUUGGAGACCGCAUAAACAUGUUUAUCCAGCUGAACUGUGGGAAUUGGAGGUCGUGUGGACCCCUGUUGUGAAUACUCUAGAACGCCGUCCUGUUUCAUGUAGAGAAUGUGUCUCUGUGUUCGUUCUCUGUAUCUUAAAUCAAAUGUGUGCCUGACGAGUUCUGUCCUCUAAGCCCUCCCCACAAUAAAAAUGGUCAGCAUUCAGACAGGUAAGGAGACAGAAAGGGUCCCUUAAAUGGUACUAGAUAGCAGUGUGGGUGAAGGAGAUGGACGGGCAGAGAUCGGAAGAAAACCCAUGUCCACACGGGCGAAAUGAAUGCAAACUGUAAUUUGAUAAAAAGAGAACUAAAAGAGAUGUUAUUUUCCUACAAUGAAGGAAGCUGUCCUCUCACCGGAUAAAACGGGUUCCAACAUGGAUUAUGGACUUCUUCCAGCCAUCACUGACAUUGCUUAUUAUGAGACACAGGGAAGGGCCCCUUCUUAUGAAGGGGAAGGAGGCACUGUCCUUCCAAAGUGUGUACAAAUUCCUGAGCCGCAGAUUUGCUAGAGUGACCGUAUAUACUUAUAUUCGUAAUUUAAAUACCAAUUAUGUCAGAUACAUGUUGUUAAAUUUGAAAAUGUUUUAUUACAUUACAUCAAAUAAAGGUUAUUUGUAGCUGUAAUAAAACAACCUAAGUAAUUGUUUUGAUAAAAGGUCUGGUGUCAUCCAUGUUACUCUACAAAGGAUGGUAGGGGCCUCCUCUGGGCUUGUG